GUGAAGUCAGUGAACGCAGCAUAGUGAACGGGCCGUCUGUAUUCCUCACACGGCGUCUCUCUGCGGCCAUGGUAACACUGGCCUCAAUACAGGACCUCUGAUUCAAACAAAACAGCGCAAACAAGUGCUUUUCAUGCAGCUCUUAUUCAGCAUGAAUUUGGCAGAGAUAUGUGACAACGCCAAGAAGGGCCGGGAGUAUGCUUUGUUGGGGAACUACGACUCCUCCAUUGUGUACUACCAGGGUGUCAUUCAGCAGAUCCACAAGCACUGCCAGUCCCUCAGAGACCCUGCGCUCAAAGUCAAAUGGCAACAGGUUAGGCAGGAACUAACAGAGGAGUAUGAGCAAGUGAAAGGCAUCAUGGGAACGCUCGAGAGCUUUAAGUCGGAGAAACCAAUUGACAUCCUUGCCCCUCAGUCCGAGGAGAGACCUGAGGAUCCAGCAGUUUGGCCCCCUCCCACCCCUGCAGAACACAGGAAUCCUAUCGCAGUGAAGCGCCCCAGCAGUGCCGUGAAGCAGCAGAGGAAGGACUCCCCCGGUCUGCAGCACCGAGGGGCAGGGCCAGGAGGCCGCGGUCAGGCCAACCCUAAACCAGACCGGCCAGGAUUCAGAGACGCCCGAGGCACAAAGGCCAAAGAGGAUAAGGGAAAGAAAGGAGCUGGGGACACACCAGGGGACGUAGAGCAUAAGAAGUUUGAUGGCACAGGACACGACAGCGACCUGGUGGACUCACUGGAGAGAGACAUUGUGUCCCGUAACCCUAACGUACACUGGGAUGACAUUGCUGAUCUGGAAGAUGCUAAGAAACUUCUGAGAGAAGCAGUGGUUUUGCCCAUGUGGAUGCCAGACUUUUUUAAGGGCAUUCGUCGCCCCUGGAAGGGUGUGUUAAUGGUUGGCCCUCCUGGAACAGGAAAGACCAUGUUGGCCAAAGCGGUGGCCACAGAAUGCGGGACUACUUUCUUCAACGUGUCCUCCUCCACCCUCACCUCCAAAUACAGGGGCGAGUCAGAAAAACUUGUUCGCCUGUUGUUCGAAAUGGCCCGCUUUUAUGCACCGACGACCAUCUUCAUAGACGAGAUCGACUCCAUCUGUGGCAGAAGAGGAACGUCUGAUGAGCAUGAAGCCAGCCGCAGGGUCAAAUCAGAACUUCUGGUUCAGAUGGAUGGCGUGGGCGGAGCUAUGGACAAUGACGAUCCCUCUAAGAUGGUGAUGGUCCUCGCUGCCACCAACUUCCCCUGGGACAUCGAUGAGGCAUUGCGCCGACGGCUGGAGAAGCGGAUCUACAUCGCCCUGCCCACAGCUGUUGGUCGUGUAGAGCUUUUAAAGAUCAACCUGAGGGAGGUGGAGCUGGCUGGUGACGUGAACCUGGACCUCAUCGCUGACAAGAUUGAGGGAUACUCUGGAGCAGACAUCACCAACGUUUGCAGAGACGCGUCCAUGAUGGCGAUGCGGCGUCGAAUCCAAGGCCUUAGCCCCGAGGAGAUCCGAGCUUUGUCCAAAGACGAGCUGCAGAUGCCUGUGACCAUGGAGGACUUCACACUCACACUCAAGAAGAUCUCCAAGUCCGUCUCUGCUGCUGACCUGGAAAAAUACGAAGCCUGGAUGGCUGAGUUCGGGUCAGUUUAGAGAACAUUUAAACCCAGAGGGACCAGAACCUUGAAAGGAGGACCAGCAGCUUUGAAAAUGAUGAAAGCCUUGAAGAGUAGGUGACUCUCUGUGUGUGUGUGUGUGUGUGUGUGUGUGUGUGUGUGUGUGUGUGUGUGUGUGUGUGUGUGUGUGUGUGUGUGUGUGUGUGUGUGUGUGUGUGUGUGUGUGUGUGUGUGUGUGUGUGUGUGUCACAGAGCUGAGUGAACUCUAGUAUGUGAACCAGGGAGCACAUCGGGGAUCAGGAUUAUACCGGGGCUCAAGUUCACAUCAGAAGACUGGUGCCUUUUGAGAGAGCAUGAUGACAACUUUCAGUGGCUUCACUCCUGCCCUUUCACAAUAUUCUCCCCUCGUCGUUGCUUCGACACAAUUGUCCGUGUAGAGACUAUCAAUCAUCCGGCUGCUGACUGAUUUAAGAGACCUGAGGAAGACUGGGGUGAUUCUCUCUCACACAGGGAACUUUUAAUGUACAAAGUAGCCUAAUACACACAGGUAGACCAGGGAAUGCACUCUAGUUUUACUUGUAUAUUAGGCCUCUUGCAAGAACAUUUUAUAUAUGAUUAUCCUAAUGUUCUCUUACCUUUUUUGUGUUCCAAGUCAGAUUUGCCGAACUCUGUUAAACGUGCAAACAUUUGCUUGUUUCAACCUGAUGAUGUCCAACUGUUUCUAUUAGGUAAGUGUUUGUGAGGUUUCAUCGUUUGGAUAACCAACACCUCUGAGUCCCUGAGUUUUGGUUCAUUUUUUUGGCAAAUUUCAUUCAAAAAAAUGGAAAAAACAAACAGAGGAGUUUCACCUAGAUCCUGAGGCAGCUGUCUGGGUUAGAGACUUUUCUGUACAAAUACUGAAUUGUUGAGGUUGCCCUUCCGAAAUAUGCCAGUAUAACCUUCAAAAAAACAUUGUCGAACCUCUCAGUAAAUUGGCCUUGAUGAUGGUGAUAUGAUGAACACAAUAUUAGUUUAGCAUAAAAUUUAUUUCUGUAACAUAGUUUAACUGCAGAUUUAUUCAGAUUAAGGCAUUAUAAUGCAGACUUUCUGCACACAACUUUAGAUAAAUUGGAGAGAAUCUUGUUAGUACAAGAACAUUGUUUUCUUAGAUGACUUGUACUUUCCUCUUAAAAACAAAUCUGUUAGUACUUGUGAUUCUUGCAAGAGGCCCAAUGUCUUAAAGAACUGUACGUUUGAGCACUUUUUAUGCAUCUCCUUCAGGAUCCCAUGUACUUACUACUGACUGAACACACUUGAAGAACCAGAAUGUCUGUGCUGUGUACUGACUGAUUAUGUGUUUGUGUUGUUUUGUUGGUUUUUAAAUAUUUGUUCUCUUGAGACAAACCAAUGUAGUCAAACUAAAUGAACAUGGCCACUGGACCCAUGGAUUGUUUAUUAAAGGAUACUGUACAUUCUCUCCUAAAA